CAGGCACAUCUGGCGUUGCAUGAUGAUACUAUUGGCCAUCUUGAAUUUAAAUGAAAGUGAGACUUUCAAAUGUGGCCAAGGAUUUUCGUCUUUUUGGGCAGCAGAAUUCAACGUUUCAGCUAGCAGUUCUACUGAAACAGUCUCUGAACCGUCGUCGCUCGCUUGAUCCACCUCCAUCUCCUUCUCAAUCUCCUACAGAAAGACUUGGCGCCUGUCGGCGAGCUGUGACCGAACACCAGCUGAUGCACGACCGCGGCCAAAACAUCCAGAGCCUCAAGAGACUCAUCUGGCUGUCCAGCGCCAUCGAGGGUCUCCACACUGCCCAGACUCGCUCUGCUGCUUUCAACCCCACAAAGGUCCUGAACCUGGCUCUGAAUCCAAAGCUGGUCCCUGCUGCUGGGAUCCCCCAGCCCAACCGGGUGGAGAGCCUCAUGAGAGACUUCUUUAAUCCCUACCUGACUCAGCAGCCAGACAGAGAGGCGUAACAUCACUUUAAUGCAGAAACAUCAAGCUACUGUUCACACUUAUAAAAUAAAUGAUCUGUGUCCAUUGUUUGUCCUUAGUGCCAAGACACUCAUUCAGCUGAAGACGUGUCCAAAUGUCUCCAAGAGUUUAGAAGCAGAUUACAUUUUUAGUUUUGUUGAGUCUAAGCUUCCUGAAGGUGCAGUUUAUGCACAACAUUACGCCUACAUCGAGGGCUGGAUGAUACAACCAAAACAUUUAAAUGUUUUCAAGCAUGGGGGCGAUUCACAAUUUAAUAAAUGUUUUUCCUAUAAUAAACAGCAAGAGCAAAACAGAGCUAGAGUAUGUGGCUUGUUGGUCUUCAACAGGGGGUCCGGGACCCCUAGGGGGUCCUCAGAGUCAAUGCAGUGAAGCCUCAAAUCAUUGUUCAUUUUUGAAGUUUUUAAAAAAAGUUAAAAUGUCUUAAAGUGCUCAUAU